AAAAAAUAAAAAAAAAUUCCCCGCUUGCUGCGCUCGACUGUUGGCGCGCACCGACCCAAGCGGCGGCGGCGUCGGGCGAUGGAUCGCCCCCAGCUCCGGAACCCUAGCAGCCGCCCUGUUAAGCCGCCGCGGCCACCACGGGGCUCGGCCGUCCAGCCCCCUCCGGCGUCGAGGCCUGCCCCCGAGGCCUCCUCUCCAGAUGGAAGGCCAAGAAAAAAGGUUCGAUUUGCAAGUGAAGCUGGUAGUCAUCACAUACAUGCGAGACAGGAUGCUGCUAACACAAGAAAAGCUGAGAAAACAAAGCCCCAAGGUUCCGAUGCGAAAACUACCGAACUCAAAUUCUUUAAGAAAUUGUGGGAGCAGUCAGGAUGUAGAUCCCGUUCCCUCAGACAACCUCAUCAAAACAUUGUGCCAAGCAUCUCCAAGCAAAAAGAGGGUGAUAGAAUGGAACCACAGAACAUGACGUCGCACAAGAAGUUCCCUGCCCAGAAUGUUACUCUGUGUCCUGAUGAGACCCCAGCCACACCCUUGAACAAUGUAAUCUCUAAUGAGCAAGUGGAAGUGCAAGCCUCACAUUCUGAAUAUCACAAUCAUGAUACACCUCAGUUAAAACCAUGUCAUAUCCUGCCAAUGGGUCAUGUUUUCACACCCACGAUUCAGACACCAUUUGAAAUUGCAGGGAUUUCAAGAAAUACCGAACCUGGGAGUGGACGGAUGUUUUCAGAAAAGAGAAGAAAAUUAUUAAAGCUAGCUGCAAAAACUGUGUCAAUGGAAAGUUGCGAGUUGUUGCGAAAAAGAUCAGAAUUUUUUGCUGAUAUCUUGCAAAGGUUAGGCGCCAACGACAUAAUAAGAAAGCAUCAUAAAGAGCCCAUGAGACAGAGGGAAAUGGUUCACAGAUGUGCUCGUUCUGAUCCCAGAGGUCAUUUUGAAAACAUGCUUGAUUACGGGGGUGACUUCAAAUCAUCAAGUAAACUGAUAUUGGGCAAAGAGUCAUCCUCAUAUGCAAGUGACGAAUCACGUCAAUUCUUAGCAUUGCCAUGGGUAGACAACCAGGGUCUUCCAAGUUUUCCUGAUUGGAAAGAUGAUUUAUCUUGUGGGGACAAUGAAGCACAUGAGGGCAUGUCAUUACCAUCAGCAUAUACUACAAAACUUUCAAGUUCUGAUUGGAAAAGGGACACUGUUCACAACCAGGUCUCCAACUUGUUGCUAGAGGAUGUUCAACACCUCCCCAAAGGAAAAUUAGCUUCGGGUAAUGAACUGGGCUGCAAUAUUCAAUCUGAGCCAUAUGAUCAUGAUGAAUGGGAUCCAAUGCUGUUGCUAGCAGUCACUGAACCAAUUCCAAAUCGGUUGUCCUUCCCCUGUCAGAUCAGAGAGCAGUCUGUGGCGUCGCGUGCAAUAUCAGAUACUUCAUGGCAACCUCAGUUUUCCAGAUGCCUAGAGCAUUGUACUUCUAGGUCGCUUGGACUGGAGGUGGAUGGCUUGAUUGAGGCAGGAUUGUUUGAUGAUUCUGAUGCUGGACAUCAAUCUGCAUUUGAUCAGUCACAUGAGAAAUGCACUUCUUCAAGCUUUUUAGGCCUUAGAAACGGAAUUCUUGAUAAUAAUGGUUUUAGCAGUAUCUCCAACUUCCAUGCUAGUGAGAGCAAGAGCAUUGUGCCGAAUCCAGACAGAAGUUGCCUGAAUUCCAUAUAUUCAACUUCAGAUUACCCUUUUGAGCAGCGGUCAUAGAGCUUUUGUGACUCUGCUGUCCGUAUAUCUUGUAUGGAUGGAAUGGUGGAUAAACAUUUGACAGAGCCAGAGUUGUUUGAUGAUCCUGAUACCGGGCUUGUACAGGGACUGGAUCAGCUACCUUUGAAAUUCACCGCUUCAAGUUUUUCCAAGUACACGUCUGGAAUUCUUGAUCAUCAUCAUGACCCAAAGGACAGCUACAGCAUUUUGCGCAUGGAUGCAAAUGACACUUGUUUGGAUUCCUUAUCCUCGUAUUCAGAGCGUUCUUGUAAGCAAAACUGGGAAAGCUUAUGUGAUUUCUCCACAGAAUUGCGGUCAUCAUCACAUCAUGUCCAAUCUCGUGGUGGUAGUUUGGAAGCUAUGUUUGGUUUCUCGUCGAAUGGGAGUAUUUGCAAUGAUUUUGAAGAUGACAACGGUAUCACGCUAGUCGAAGGCAACACCAAGAGUAGCUUGUUCUGUACAUCGGAUCUUGCAUUAUUUGGUUCUUGCUCUACUAGAGAUAGCAUCAGCGAGACUCCCAUGUUGUCGUUUGAUGGUGUAAGGUGGUAGCUCUGCACUCCAUUGUUCCUUGAAGUGCUAUUUGUUUCUUUGUAGACUGACCCUGGUAGUGGACGAUAAAUUCCACUGGAUGCAACUGCAUGCUUGGUGGCCCUGGCUGCGCCAAGUGGACCCCUCCAAACCUUGGGGCAAAUUUCCCAAUCAAGGUGAAUAAGUGUGGCGCUGGCCUUGUGCAUGCAGCGUCGGUGGCUGUCGGUGAUGGAAUGCCUGCACGGUUAUGGACAGAUAGAUCGCAGGUCAGUCCAUAGCCGAGCUGGCACCUACAGUUCUUGCCGUGGUCAGGGUCAUGAACUCUUAGCAGAGGUCACUUUCUGAUGCCAUCCUCAACAACCGCUGGACCAGAGACAUUGCUGGGACUCUGAAUGUGCAAGACAUUGUGGAGUUUCUCCAUCCUGCGGAAAUCAGCGACACCCGGUCCAUCUACCCUGGCAUGGAAGACCAGUUUAUCUGGAAUUUAUCUGAGUCAGGUUCCUAUUCAGCUAAAUCAGCAUAAAUGCCCUCUUCGGGGGUACUUUUGAGUCAACACUUCGGGAUGGAUGGGCUCCGUUGAAACGCAAGGUCUUGUCUUGGUUGGUGCAGCAAACAGAUAUUGGAUGACAGAUCAUCUGAAACGCCACGGUCUGGUCGCUGUCCCCUUUGCUAUCAGACAGCUGAAACACUGUCAGACAUGCUAACUGAAUGCAUGCCCAUUUGUAAGACAGGUCUUGCAUGAGGUCCUCUCGCCCUUGUAGCUGUAGGCCACUGGUCCGCAGUCAGGCAAGACUUGCAACUCCUGGUUUGAGCAAGCUGCAACACGCGCCGGGGAAGACAUCCUGAGAGGUGCACGAUCACUCAACAUCCUGACUACGUGGUGAGCUGAGAAACGACUGUGGUCUUGAACGACGCCUUGCUGCCGAACUGCAAUGAGCAGUUGAAUCGAUCAUGGUGGAGGUGGAGCAGUGGAAGCUGGCUGGAGCGAAGGUUCCAUGUGUAUAGUUCUUUUCUCUUCUUCGUUUGUCCUUGGUUUUGCGUAGACUAGGCUUGCUCACGUUUUUUUUUUGGAAGUUUUUUAGCUCUGGUUUUUAUUUAUACCAAUGAUCAAAUCAGAUGUGCUUGAACUGAUGUAUGAAGUUUGUAAAUAUUGCCAGAAAAUGUAUAUAUUUGAUUUGCCUCCUGGGUUUGUUCUUGAUGUUAGAUUAGGGUGAUGAUGUGAAAACAAAGGCAGGGAGCUGAAUGAGAGAGAUGCUGCAUGUAUAGACAGA